AUGGCUGACGCCACACCCACGACUGGAGAACACGUCCACGCGAAACCGACUCAAGACUCUCGCCUGGCAACCACAAAAUCCAAUAUCAAAUACCUCUUCGACCCUAAGAAUGCUUCUCAUCAGCCCUCUCAAUUCCGCACACGAGCUUUGCUUCGCAGUCUGCGAUACGUUACCAUCUUCAUCUUCUGGCGUCUGGUCCGUUAUGCCAAGUAUGCAGCUGUAGGAGCCAUUACAGCUGCGUUGGCUACUACUGCUAUCGGGUCAGUGGUCAGUGGUGUGGGCUUUGUUGUCGCGCCUACGGGGAUUGUGGGCGGCGCGACGAUGGGGUUGGUUUGGGCUGUGGCGAAGUUUGGGUGGAGGAGGGUUUGGAGGGAUGGCAAGAAGAGAGGUGAGGCAGAUGGGCAUGGCGACGCGAGGAGGGAUGAGAGGGAGGAUGCGGAGGGUGUGGAUGAUUUGGGUCGUGGGGAGAGGAGGGUUAUGGAGGUUAGGACGCCGGGGGCGAGGGUUGAGCCUUGGUGA